GCAGACGCAGAUACCCAUAUCCGUGAUGAUCCUCCUCGUAAGGGAAUAUGGUGGGGUGCUCUUAGGUUUAUACUUCGGAACCCUGAAUAGAUUUUUGAGCCUUUCAGUGAAAAACGUUUAAAAUACUGUAUAUUUUUCUACUACACACUUGUUAGUGUUGAGUAGACAAAACCAUUUUAUGUAGACAUUCCAUCGAUGUGCAAAUUUGAUUUUCGAAUAAAUGCUUGCCAAUAACUUUCUCCAAGGCAACUAUAGAAAGAGAUGAGAUGGAAAACGUAUAAAUCCCACAAUAAAGUGUUGAUUUAUCUAAAUAUGAAUCUGAGAGCAGCAUUUACCGUAUAUCGAAAGUGAAGAGAGAUAACAGUGCUUAGCUUAAAAUCCUUCUCGCAAUACUCUGUUCGUCUCUAUUCCAAGAAGUGAUAGCGGUCGUCAACAAUCCAACGAAAAAGAAUGAUGAGGAGUCCGUUUUGAAAGUAGAAUCAAGCAAAUCAAACACUAGCAUCGAAAUCGAUUCCAAAGUAUCCAGUGCCAAUGAAAAGUCCAAUAACAGGAGAGAAGCCCCAGCUGACACAUAUGGACCACCAGUUGGCAGUUCGUACUUUCCAACUGGUGGAAGCCAUCUGAAUCUUCCAGUUCCAGUAUAUGGAGUACCGAAUGGUCCUACGAAUAACCUUGUUUAUCCUGCCGCUCCUCCUGUGGCAGUACCACUUCCGACCUAUGGUGCACCAAGUCCAGUGUAUGGACUGCCAGUUAGUAACCAUUUUCCUACAAGUGGGAACUAUCUGUCUUCAUUCAGUUUUGGAGGGCUCAAAACCCAAAGUCACUAUAAGGGGUCUCCGGGGAAACUCAGAUUCCAGUAUGGCCCACCUGGCAAGCCAUAUUUUGGGAAACAUAGUACUUAUGUGCCUUACAAAUCCAGCAAAUUCGGCAAACCAUCAGCCAACACAUAUGCAUUUACAUCGGGGUUCAAGGAUACGUACAAGCCUAGCAACCUGAACUUUAAUUUCAACAGUGGCAAUGGUUUCAUGACCCAGGCUAAUGUUGGCAGUUUUGGAGGUCUUAGUGCUCAAUAUGGACCUCCUGUGUAUAAUGUGCAAUCCCAUAUAGUGAAUGUUCCGACAUCUGACAUAUCGCACAGUCACUUAGGUGUUUCUGCAGAAUAUGGGGUACCUGAGAUCCCCACACCGGUGUAUGGGAUACCUGAGGUCCACAAACCUGUGUAUGGACCUCCUUCGAUUUCUCCACGACCUAGACCUCCCCAUCCAGGUAUUCCGGCCCCUCCAACACCUCCAGAUAUAAAAUACGAUGGUUGGCAACCAAUUCUUGGUUUGAUUUCAAAACCACCUCAAAAUUCGUACCUCCCACCGCAAGGCCAAGAUACAGCAAACCACCACAUCCCUCAGGGAGAUAUCGGCCACCAACAUAUACCUCACGAAGAUCUAAGCAACCAACGUAUACCUCAUGAUGGAUUAGGGGCUUUAGCCUUGGAUAAGUUCCACAAAUCCGGAGUUAAAGACUCUUAUGGAGCUCCACUGAAUACCGUGACGGGGUCAGGUGGCGUUGUUAUGGCAACAGGGAAUGAUUAUGCGAAGGAAAGGCCUCAUGAUGAGGAGGAUAACCAUGGCGGUGGUAAUAACGAUUUGAAUAUUGAGGGCCUCGUGUCAUCGUUGGGGCUUGGCCAGGACAUACAAGCUGUGAAGAGUAUUGGAUACGAGCUUUUCCCAGGAAGUACAGUGAUAACUGGACAGGGAUCUGCAGACACAUAUAGCGUCCCACCACCGAACUCCUACUCACCCCAAGGGCACUACGCUGCUGGGAACUCAUACCAUGGAGGAACUGGACCGUCCCCUCAUUUCUUCCAUGGACUAUCAGUCUCUCACAAUGGAGCAGGUUUGGUACCACCAAGCGGUCUCUACGGCGUACCCCCGGGAGGCAGAUACGGAACACCUCUCAUGUUCCAUGGUCCAAAACACCACCCAAGAAUUCCUCAGAAACAUACGUCGCUGACCAGUUUUGUGCCUCCUGCAAUAAGCAUUGCCAAGCCUUUCAAAGAAUACGGACCACCAAGUACUAACAGUCUACCUCCGAUACAUUCAUUCCAAACAGUGAAUAACGCGCUUCCGUCUUCAGAUUUCAAUUUACACAUUGGUGAUGCAGUAGCUUCAACUUUGACAAGCUACAAUGCCCCAUCAGGUGUUCUAGAUAAUUCAUAUGCCCCAUCACAACAUACUGACCUUGUGGGAUUAGACUUCUCUCUACCAGGAGCUACUGUCGAUUUGACCAAUGCUUAUGACUCCCUAACUGCAUCAUCCAAUCUUAAUUCUGUCUCAGAUUGUAACCACAAACAUUACAUCUAUAAUGAAGAUUCAGUCCCCGCAUUUUCAAAGAACUCAGUGGAAGCUAUAGAACCGUUGGAUUCAUCAAUUAGUUACAAUGUUACAGAAUCUGACGAGGAUCAAAAUGGAGCCCAAAGUCAACAGCAGAACACGGAGGUCAGAAUCAAUUUGUUGGAGCAAGAACAUAGUGAUAACGCUUAUGCAAAGUCUGUAGCUGAGAAUCUCUUGCCUAACAGUGAAUUGCUAAAAUCGCAACCAAUAGAUAUCACCAACCUCCCUGUGAAUAGAACUAGUACAUCUUACACUGUUCAGAUCCAAUCAUCGGAUGGUAAGACACCACAUGGAGACGUUUUAAACGAAGAAUUGCUGCAAUCCAUCUUAGCAGCUAUUGAGCAACCUUCCAAAGGGAAACCAAUAGUGCAGGUGCAACAAAGUGUCGAGAAACAGAAUAUUGUUACGAACGGAAGCUUGUCCUCUGUUGUAGGACAGUUAAAUGAUGCCGAGAUCAGACGUACGACACAACUUGCCAAAGAUGCUAUCGAAAAGACGUCGGAUAACUUUGGUGAAGGUUCGAAUGAAUUUGUGAUAAUGCAGUCCACUGAUACAGCUGAUAAGAAAAGCGAUGGCCGAAGUGAAGAUAGCAAAGAUAAUGGAGGAAGACAGCUAUUAUUUCUAGAAGAUAAUGGAAUAGCGUUAUAUUUCAAGAAAGAUACGAAAACGAAGACACCCAAAGAUUGAAGAUAAGAAUUUUUGAUAAACAUGUGAUUUUCUCGAUAUUUAUUUCACUAAGUAACGUAGUUGCCUUGUCCGUGAUCUUCUGAAAUGACUCAUAUGUCAUAUUUGUCUCGGAGUCAUUCAUUUUGAUAUCUUCUAUUUUUUUGGCGUGGAGAUUCAUAAGUGUUGUACUGAAAAUAAACCAAAGCUCCCUGUUGUAUGUUGUAUUAGAUUUUCUGCCUUCGUCCAUUUAAUCAUAUAUUUCUUCAUUAUUUAGUUGCAGUAUCAUAUAGAGAAUCAUUUAAGUGACGCCAUUAUUACAAAAUAUGUGCCAAUCUUCU